AUGUCUCUACAGUCUAGAGAACGUGGUAGAGGGGUCGCCCGGUAUUAUCAAAGUAUCGAAUCGUGUGUCAACGAUAUGGUUACGUUCACGAAGCAAUUAAUUGUGCCGUUAUCAUGGUUCGCAAAGAUUACGUUGACGAAUACUCGGCAAUUGAGCGCAACAAUGGCCACUGACUGCGUGAAAUCUCUGAUGUACAAGGAUUAUGGCGAUCCUGUCAGCAUUCUGGAAGUGACAACACAAACAAUCGACCGACCAGCGAGCGAUGAAGUGUCUGUGAAAUGGUUACUAUCGCCAAUAAAUCCAGCCGAUAUUAACACGUUACAAGGGAAAUACCCCAGUAGACCACCGUUACCAGCUGUACCGGGAAAUGAAGGUGUUGGAGAAGUAGUAGCCGUAGGCUCUGAUGUGAAGAAUUUGUGCGUCGGAGACAGGAUAGUGCCAAAUGGACCCAAUUUGGGAACAUGGAGAACACAAGCUAAUUAUAACUUCAAAGAUGUCUCGAAAGUCCCGAGUCAUCUGAGCUUGAUCGAAGCCAGUAUGCUGAACGUAAAUCCAUGCACAGCUUACCGAAUGUUGAAAGAUUUUGUUCCUCUGAAGCCUGGAGACACUGUGAUACAAAAUGGUGGCAAUUCUGCGGUUGGUCAGCUGGUCAUUCAGUUGUGCAAAUUGUGGAAUUAUAAGUCGGUCAAUAUUGUUCGAAACAGGCCAGAAAUACAGGAAUUAAAAGCCCAACUGACAGCCUUAGGUGCGGAUGAAAUUCUGACCGAGGGGGAACUUCGAACGACCCAGCUGUUCAAAAGUGGGAAGUUACCCGCACCAAAGUUGGCUUUAAAUUGUAUCGCCGGACAAAAUGCGCUUGACGUCUCGCGUCAUCUCGCUCACAGUGGCGUCAUGGUGACUUAUGGCGGCAUGUCCAGAGAACCAAUGACCAUCCCUGUGGCUUCUCUUAUCUUUAAGGACCUCUCCUUCCGAGGAUUUUGGAUGACAGCCUGGACGAAGGCGAAUAUGGAGUCCGAAGAGAGGACUGUUAUGUUCGACGAAUUGGCGAAUUACUUUAAGGAGAAGAAACUGCAGACACCGGCGUACAAACUAGUGCCUUUCGACGAGUACCAAGAAGCUAUCUCCUGCGCGGUCAAUUUCGGUGGUCGCACCGGCCUGAAGUACAUUUUGGACAUGACGAAGUUUUAA